CGAUCCACGCGCGCCUGAUCCUCUUUAGUCGACUCUUACGGUAAACACAUCUUGUCUCUACCCUCGAGCUGAGCGUGAAGUACAUCACUGUGGAUUGUCAAGACACGACAACGCGCACAACCUGAUGACGGCGUGGCGACUGUACCCGGGUCUCCCCUUCCUCACCCUGCUGGUGGUGGCAGCCCUUGCACACCCCGACACCGGCUACAGCUGCAACCCUCCAGAGACGUUCGAGGAGAAGUUGGACCGCAUGGUGGAGUACGACGACAGUGAUGGAGACGGUGUUGUUUCUGCUAAAGACAUCGACAGGAGCCUCAUAUUGUAUGACAAUAACCUGGAUGGUGUUGUGUCGCCGUACGAGUUCGUGAAGGAGUGGACGUGUCGCUAUGGCGACCAACCGGACGUUGCUCACAGGAUCUUCAACCAGCUGACGCAGGGCUUCAGCCUGCUUUUGUUUGAGCCGUCCCGGAACAGUGCCAACCAAACAGUUGCAGAAUUCCGCGAAAGUCUAUACUCGUUUUACACAGAGAAAGAGAUCCGCGGGACAUGAGUGUGGUAGCAGUGAGACAAUUCAUUGAGGAGCGUCUACACUGCCUGCGAUACGAUCGACAAAUAACAAAAAAAUGUUUUAACAAGAGAUCUAAUGAUGUUGUGCACCAGAUUAUGAACAAAACACAACGAUGGAGACAUUAGCUGGCCUAACUUCGACUUUACGUUAACAACUGUUUUGAAAUUAUUUUUAGAUAAAACAUUUCUUUGGUGUUUUCCAAUCUUUGAGAUAACAAUGAGUGUCUUCAGGCGGACAGAGCCACACUUCGCUCCGAUUACACGUUGAAACUAAUUCUAGAUUACCCAGUGUAUUUUAUUUCCAUUCUAUCAGGAGUUAUACCCUGGGUCAAGACCAUCACAUCGCUUCUUUUUAGCCCAAUUCGAUUGACAUGGUGCUAUUAAGAGCCGCCCAACCAAAUUACAUGUGCAUAAAAAAACAGAUGUGCUAGAUUCACUGGAUAAUUGUGCUCAUAAAGUGUUAGAGGUGGGCAAGUCUCAAAUCACAUGGCGGUCGGAGCAAGUUUGAACCAUACAGGCAUCCCUUUACGUGUCCGCGCAAGUUCUAUGAUCGAAAUCAAUGUGAUAACCCGAUUUUUCUGAAGAAAAAACCAUAUCAGAACUUUAUUUUAUCGCAACGCUAAUCUACUCUCCUCCAUGUAUACACAUGUUCGUCAUGUUCCCUUCGGAUAUUAUAUGGGAAGAAAUAAUCAGUAAUUUGAGUUUUGUUCAAUAAAAAACAACAUCUAUUA